AUGGCGCAGUCUCACCUUCACCUGACAGACCGCGUCUCCAUCGAAAGUCUUCCCCGGCUCAAACUCGACGAUACGCUGUCGCACCCGACGAGCUACGCAGAGGUCAAGUCUCCGGUCGAUCCGGUCCAGCUGGAGGAUGGCAGUCUUCGCCCAGCGAACGGCUCCGUGUCCGCCUACAGCUGGGAGAACCUCGGUAUGCUCACGCAUAUCGCUGCUGUCGGCAUCGUCUACGGAACCGUCAGCGGAGUCCUGUACUCGGUUCGCGUAGAGCCCGAGACCUGCAAUAAUGCUGUAAAUAUCGAGAAGAGGAGGGUGUUUGGUGAAGCGUUGCUGAAGCAUGAGCGGAACGGUGCUUUUAUCGUGUAUUAUGACGAGACCAACUACACCUUUGCCAAUCCAAGUUGGCAGUAG